AUGGAAGUCUCGACCAUGGGUUCUGUGGCCGUGGGGAAGCGCGUCUUUGCGACUCUGGGCGAGGACGAUGGAGCCACCAGUGACUUCUACCGCCGGCACCACAGCUCAAUCCCAGAGCAAGCCACGACAUCCAGAACUACUGGACCCCGUCAAAGGCGGAAGAUCAGCGAAGACGAUAUGGCCUCGACAGCAUCUAGUACCCGUUCCACCUCUCUCGCUACCUCAACGCCCGUCUCUCCUGCAAGCUAUCUUCGCCGUGCAUUCAAGGCCGAUGCCUCGAUUGUGCUCCUUGGCAUGCCAGGGACUGGCAAGUCUACCUUGGCCGUCAUUGCCUCGAUGGCGUGCCGACGGCGCGUCAUCGAUGUUGACGACGUGUUUCAAGAAACGACGGGGUUUUCCACCGCCAAAUACCGCAAGCAGUUCGGUGCGGCCAACUACAAUCUGCGUCAGGAAGAGCUGCUGAGAACUCUCCUCCUUGAACAUGAUCACGGUGCGAUACUGGUAUGCAACGGCGUUUCCCUGGAAAGAAAUGGACAAGUCUUACUACAAGACUUUGGUCGAACGCACCCAGUGGUCCAUGUCCUGCGCGACCUUGCCAGUUUGCAUAGUUACUUGGGAGGACUUGACAUGCAAAGACUCAACGACAUGCUCGCCUUUACUGCACCUAUGCUUCGGCGCUGUUCUAAUUACGAGUUCUACAACAUCUCUGAGGUCAAAUCACCAAACAACAACGCUUCGAAUGAUCAGCCGGUGGCUCCGGCUUUUCUUACAUUAAAGAGAGCGCAGAGGACCUUCCUCAAGUACUUGUCACUCAUAACGACUCCGGAGCUUCCACACGAGUCGGUUGGAGCAUCCAUUCCACCGUUAGAACCUGGUUAUCCGCUUUCUGACGUUGCGACCGAGCUCCGUAGAUAUACUUGUGCAGUUCAAGUAUCUGUGGAUGACAUAUUGGCCGAAGAUGCCGAUAUCCAAAGCCUUGAAGUUGGAGCAGACGCCUUUGAAAUCAUCCUUGAUCUGAGUCAACAACGCCCUAUGACCAAUCUGAUGGACGACGUCAGCGCUUGUGUAUCCAAAGUUCGAAGAAGCACCGUAGUUCCCGUCAUAUAUCAUGUGCUACCCACUUCGACCUCUGAUGGUAGCAGAACUAUCUACUUGGAACACGUACACCAUGGGUUACGACUGGUACCUGAGUACGCAUCUAUCGACCUGUCGCUAGAUGCUGCUGCACUUGCCGAUGUAAUAAACAGUCGUGGUACUACCAAAAUCAUCGGACAUUUGCAUGCCGACAAACCAUGGGAUGAUCAUUUUUGGGUAACACAGUACGAAAAGGCAGUACAUUUAGGUUGCUCUGUCGUACGACUCACUCGCCCAGCAUCUUCCAUCGACGACGAUGUUCCGGUUCGCAGCUUCAGUAGUCGGAUGGAAACGCACGAGGCACAAGUGCCAGUGAUAUGCUACAACACAGGGCGAGCUGGUCGCCGCUCGACAUGUUUCAACAAAUAUCUCACACCUGUUGUUGCUGCCUCGAAAAGAGAGAAGACCAACCAGAUGGCGUCAACAGCACAAUAUCCUUACGACUCCUGGCUCACUGCCAGAGAAGUAACACAAGCCCUCUACAGCUCAUUUACAUUUGAUCCAAUGCAAAUGUACAUCAUUGGCGUACGCCUAGGAUACAGCGUUUCACCAGCGAUGCAUAAUGUAGCGUACGGCGCGUGCGGCAUGCCUCACACUUUCAGUCGCAUCGAGAGCCCAUCUGUGAACAAACUCCAAGAGCUAGUACGCAAACCAAACUUUGGUGGCUCUAUUGUUAUACAGCCCUUCAAGAUGGAGGUGAUGGCGUUGGUGGAUUCGCUGAGCCAACACGCGCGAGCGAUCGGGGCUGUUAAUACUGUGAUACCCGUGCGUCGAAGAAACGAAGACGGAAGCAUUCCCAAUGACCUCGAACUCUUCCAUGAGCGCAAUCAGUCUGGUCCGGUCCAAGCUCUGUAUGGAGACAACACGGAGUGGAUCGGAAUUCGGUCUUGCGUGCGGCGAGGUCUUUCUCCGGCUAAUGCAGUGCGUCCGUCGACAUGCGGACUAAUUAUCGGAGCUGGCGGUAUGGCAAGGGCAGCUGUCUAUGCGCUGCUGCAACUGGGGGUGAUGAACAUUGUGAUCUUCAACAGGACGUACGAAAGAGCCGAGAGUCUUGUCGCGCAUUUCUCCCGCCUUACCUCGAGUUCGGCAAAUGGUACUACGGCGUCUCCCAUGAUGCGCCAGAAGCGGCCAAAUCUGACGAUAUUGAGAUGGCGCGACGAGGCAUGGCCAGAGCACCUCCGGGAUCCUACCAUAAUCGUUUCGUGUAUCCCCACUGAUCCGAUAGAUGGAGGUCCUGCAGCUCAAUUUACGCUUCCACGGCAGUGGAUUCAGAGCCCUACAGGUGGUGUGGUGAUGGAAACGGCGUACAAGACACUAAACACGCCCUUGUCGCAGCAAGUACAGGACUGCCCGAAGAAGCUGUGGACAUAUAUGGAUGGCCUGGACUUUAUCCCGGAACAAGCUUUUGCCCAGUUCGAGCUGUUCACAGGCAAAAGAGCGCCGCGGAGGGUCAUGCGCGAGGAAGUACUGCGGGCAUGGAGGGAUGAACAGGGCAAUACUGAUAUAGAAAUGCCCCUCCAAGCACUUCCCCCGCCGUCGGCCAACGUUGUCAACACACGCUACGCCCACCUUCAACGGCCCGUCACCACCAGAGACGGCCAGGCAGACACGCAUGACGCCGCUUCCAUUGGCUCUGCGCUGAGCGAGCUCGAAGACGAUGCCGAGGACGAAUUCGAGAAGCGCAUGAUCCAGAAUGCACGCGACGAGCGGCGGCUGAACCAGGCGCUGGGGGGCCGACCUCAGGCUUUCAAGAAGGCGCGAACCCAUCCCCGUGUCGGACUGACGCUGGACAACCUGGAAAGGAACAGCGCGGCAGCUGCUGGAGCGGACGCGCAGGUCAAAUUCCAGAGUCCGCCGAGCAGCAGCGGGAGCACGAGGAGCGAUCCGGCUCUGCGUGCGCCAGCGACAUGGGGGAGGAAAGGCCGGACCAACAGGAGCUGGAUGCGGACCAUCACUUAUGAAGAGGAACAAGGGCAACAGCAACCACAGACGCCAGUCCCGGCCGACGACAGCAUCCACAAUCACUUUGACGAGCAAGCCGCCAGCCUGCCACACCGCUCCGUGCCAGACAGCCCGCUCUCGCACAAGGGCACUCCACGCAACGACGAGUCGCAAGAGUGGGACCUCACCUUUGAGCUCAACGAAGCCUCCAUGAUCGCAUCCACGCCCUACAUACCACGAAACACGGUGCUGGACGAUAUACGGCAGAGGGAGGCCGAGCCCUCUCAGUCGCCCAAGAGGAGACUGCGUGCGCGAACCCACUCGUGGCAGUCCAUUGGCAAGGCGCAGCCGGUUACGGGCAUCGGCAACCAAGACUCGCCUGUGGCUAUGUACAGGAGCGUUGAGAGCAUAGCUACAGUACAUCACGACGUAGUUGCCACGCCUCAGGUUGUCCCCCCGAGACGCAUACCGAGCCGAAGAGAAGAUUCGCAGGAUUUACUGCGACGGCUAGCUAGAGUAUCCAACACUCCAAGCCCGAGACAGGCAGCACCGUCGAGACCAGAAUCCGCCCCUCCAGCACAACUGAACACGUCCUCGCACAUGGUGGCGACAGACACGGCGCAAUCAGAGGCUCAAUCGGCUUCUGUAGAAAAGGUGCCUGUUCCUGCCCAGGCGCCCAAUGAGGCAGCUGCGCCCUCGACCGUUCAGCACGAGCAAGACAAACCAAACGAGGCUGAACGGUCGUCAGAGCCUGCGCCAGCGCCGGCACUAGAGGCUACAGGAGACGAUGCCCGUAGUGUAGAUGCUACACCCAUGCCCAAAGAGCGACCUGUCUUGAAUCCCAAGACACCAGUGGUAACUGGUGCUUGGGUCGACACACCAGGUCCCCGUACUGUACAGAGACCUGGCGUGACGUCUAGGUCACGCUCACGUUCGCCUAGAAAAGCUAGUCCGCCCAGGCAGAGACCAUCUGAAAAAGGCUCGGCCCCCGUUGCGGAGGAGCCAUCUGAAGCUGUCGCUAUAGAGCCUCUUCGUCCACACCUUCCCAAGUCUGCCUUGCAAUCUCUUGUCGACGAAGCGAAAUCCAAGGGCAGGCGACCGUCGGUAGACUAUGGCGACUCAACUAUCAACUCUUUGGAAGACCUCAUCACUCCAUCUGCCGAAAGCCCAAUGGAAGAAGAUACGCUUCAAGGCCUCCAACUACCAACUGAGACUCCCCGCAAUGAAGCAGAACGACAGCGACAACAGGAAUUGUUACAUCUCCACCGCAUGAACGACCGCCUCCGUGCAGCGCGAACCAGCAUCCGCGAUGCAAGUCGUGGCAUGAAGCGCGUCGAAGACCAAGUAGAGCAUGUGGAAGAAGGGGAGAAUGGCGAGAAGGUCAAAGUGAUUAGCCGCACAUGCCCUUGCGCAAUUGAUGGCCACGUCCAGACGUUCUCAAUGUGGAAAUGGUCCAGGGGUCUGUUUUGGGAACAACGAUUGAAAAUCCUGCGACAAACGUCAGGCAGUCCUUGGAGAAUAUGGGGCGGGCUUACAGGCUUGAGCAUUUGCUUGAUACUUCUUUUCACUUGGUGGAUGAGUGAAGAGAUCGCUUGUGAAAUGUACUGCCAGCCCAUGUACGCUUACUCGUCGCCUUACCCAUUCAGCGUCAACGCAAAUGCUCCCAAAUACCCCUUUGUUAUUCCAACCCUUAUCUACCGGACCUUCAUCCAAAGUUGGUGGGUUCCAAUAUCUUCCUUCUUUUCAUGGAUUGGCGCUACAAUGUGGGCAUGUUUCUUUGGUUUCGAAGAAGCGCAUCUUGUCAACCACAGCGCCAGCCAGACCAUGACAAGUACAAAUACUGUAAGAGAAAACCGCUGGAUUAGUGAAGAAGCGGCCAAACUUUUAGAAGAGAAGGGCUGGGAUCAUAGCAUGUUUGAAGAUGAAAUAUUGCCAGGAGGC